AUCCCAGCUCCAGUACGAGAUCAACCACUCAACCAUCCAGAGCAACACCCGACGUACAGACAGGCAGGACACACAGGAACACAGUGACAACGAUGAUGAUGAUGCAGUCCAGCCAAAAUGACAUGACUAAACAGAGAAUGAUUCAAGCCAAGGCUCUGGCUAAGGAAGCCAGAGGAGGGGGUCUGAACCUGGGGAAGAAGAUCAGCGUUCCAAAGGAUGUGAUGAUGGAGGAGCUGAAUCUUCCCUCUAAUCGAGGCUCUCGCAUGUUUCAGGAGAGACAGAAGAGAGUGGAGAGGUACACGCUGGAGAACGCUGCCAACGGUGCUUACAACACCAAUAAUGUCCAUCUCGAGGCCAUUCCUCCCCCGCAAAUCAUCCCAGAGCCACAGGGAGGAAAGGAAAACCAGGCUUUCUCCAUCCCUGGUAAGCAUAGCCUGGUCAUGAACCUGCAGAAGACAGUAGCAAAGAAGGGCAGUCCUGACGUCCUCGCUCCAGGAUAUUCUGGCCCUUUGAAGGGAAUUCCUCACGAGAAGUUCAACACAACAGUAAUCCCCAAAUCCUACUGCUCCCCAUGGAGCGAAGCUCUGGGAAACAACGAAGAGCUCCUCAACAUCCUCAAUACCCAACUGCCCGAGCUCCCACAAACAUUACAGCCUUCCAACUACAGGUGCUUCAACAGAUCUGCCAUGCCAUUUGGGGGCGCAAUGGCCAGCAAGAGGGUGAUACCAGUGAUGAGCUUUGAGGCAGUGGAAUCCCAGAACUUGCCCAGCAACGCUCCUGACCGCAUGUGCCAACGACCCAACUUCAACAGAGCACCCAGGGGAUGGGGAGCUGAUUACAGCCCGGAAUCAAAUGAACUAUGA